GGUUUUGAUUCCUAGUCCUUCUUUUUCUAGAGGAGAAUAAAAUGCUUUAUAUUCUGCUUCUGUACUAGGGGAGGGUCAUCCCAGAGUCUGCGCUUCUAACCACAGCAGAAAAGGCCCUCUCCAAGGCCAGUCACAGCCCCAAGUUGGCUGCUGUGUGCAUUGCCACAUGCACUAAUUUCUCUGUAACCAGAGAUCAGGCCCACCCAGCUCUUAAAAAAAAGUUGGGGAGGAGGCUCCUGGAGCUAUGGCUCCUGGGAGCUGUGCUCAGGCUGCUGGUGGGGACUGAAGCAGUGAAAUUCCUCCCACGAGCCCUGAGCCAGGCCAGUGUGAUUCUUGCAGCUACUAUUUGGGUUGCCCCCCCAAGCCAGAGGGGACCAGUGACUUCAUCUGCUUUUUCUAGGAGUGCUCGAUCAGAAUGGCUUCAGGCUGGUUUUAUGUGACCUGCCUGGUGCUGGGCUCACUGGGUUCCAUGUGUGUCCUCUUCACUGUCUACUGGAUGCAGUACUGGCGCGGAGGCUUUGCCUGGGAUGGCAGCAUCUCCAUGUUCAACUGGCACCCAGUGCUCAUGGUCACUGGCAUGGUGGUACUCUACGGAGCUGCGUCGCUGGUGUACCGCCUGCCCCAGUCCUGGGUGGGGCCAAAGCUACCCUGGAAAUCCCUCCAUGCAGGCCUGCACCUGUUGGCCUUCAUCUUCACGGUUGUGGGCCUGGUUGCUGUCUUUCGGUUUCACAGCCACGGAAAUAUCGCCCACCUCUACUCCCUGCACAGCUGGCUGGGCAUCACCACUGUCAUCCUCUUUGCCUCCCAGUGGGCCCUGGGGUUUGCCAUCUUCCUCCUGCCCUGGGCAUCCCUGUGGGUGCGGAGCCUCCUGAAACCCAUCCAUGUGUUCUUCGGAGCCGCCAUCCUUGCACUGUCUAUUGCUUCGGUUAUUUCUGGCAUUAAUGAGAAACUUAUCUUCAGUUUGAAUAAUGCUACCAAGCCCUACUCCAGCCUGCCCUCCGAGGCUGUCUUUGCCAAUAGCACCGGGCUGCUGGUGCUGGCCUUCGGGCUUCUGGUGCUGUAUGUCCUUCUGGCUUCAUCUUGGAAGCGCCCAGAACCAGGGAUCCUGACUGACAGGCAGCCCCUGCUGCACAAUGGGUACUGAAGCGGGAAGGGGCUUCAGAAGCAGUUGGUGGUACAGUCUGCACUCUUCUCAGAAGCGCUGCUACUCCUGGGGCAACAUACUUUCUUUGGGUGCUGGUCCCAACUUCUUGCCUGGGGAUCAGGUCUGCCGUCUCCAGCCACAUGCUGCCCACCCGCUUUUAUUGAAGGCUUUGGCUUCUUGUUAUGAACUUCUGAGGUCCUCUGUUUCCACCAGAUCCUCCUUGCCUUGGUUGAUCAUGCUGCAUCUGCUCUGUGUGAAGUUAGGCAACUGCCCCUUUAGGCUCCUGGGGUUGGGGUAGGCAAUCCCGACAGCUCACAAAAGCUGGGAGUCAAGUGCAGUCCAUGACGUAGAAGCUGAGGGAGGUCAGCCUUCCCCUCGAAGGUAUGCACUUUAGUCCAGCUGCCCAAGAAGCAGCUUUAUCUGCUCUGGUGUCCCCAGCCAGCUCACCUGGAUAUAAGGUUGGGCAGAAGCCACUAAAGAAGGGACAGAGGGUGGCAGAAAACAGCUUCAGCAGGGGUGAAGUGGAGGAGCUAGAAACUUGGAGCUGCUGGUCCGCAUCAUUGCACUCUGAUCUCUGUGUGUGUGCCUGUGUGGCUGUACCUCUUCCAGCUGCUGCUACAGCUGGGACCUGGAUCCCGGCCUUUUCCUGUGACGUAUGUGCCUGUCACCGUCAGGCAGUCCUACGAACCCUGGUAACCUGCUCUCCAAGGACAGAACGACCUGUCCCCAGGUGUUCCGGUAGUGCCAAGUGG